CGCAUAGUGUCGUUGAUUUCUGGACGUAUUUUUGUCGGAUCCCAGCUGAAUCGUGAUGAGCAUUGGGUUCAAUCAAAUAUCGAUUUUACUAUUGACCUCUUCAGAGGAGGCGAGCAAGUCAAAAAGCUUCCUUACUACCUCCGGAAUCCUGCUAUUAAGCUCGUUUUAUUGGACAAGGUGAACAAUAUCCACUCAUUUAAAAAGUAUGCUAUGCGACAUCUAACACCGAUUCUCAAAGAACGCAUGAAACAGCAGUCUAAAGAUGGCUCAACCAAACUAAGAGACAUGAUACAAUGGAUAAUGGAAUACGGCUAAGAGAUGAAGCCACCAUUAACCCUGGAACAGCAGGCGAAAACCCACCUAAUACUUGGUAAGUCUGCGAUUCACGCAUCGAGUAUUGCCACCAUCAAUCUCAUAUAUGACUUGGUUGCGAGGCCCGUGUAUUUGAAACCUUUGCGUGAAGAGGUUAAUCAGAUCUGGGAAGAAACAUUCAGGAUUCUUGAUGAGAAGGCAAUGAGCAAGCUCAAUAAGCUCGACAGCUUUCUCAAAGAGCUACAGAGAUUGAACUCUGCCGCCCAUAUUACUUUCGACAGACAAAUCACUAACAGAAAGAGCUUCACGCUGAAAAAUGGGCUUCAUUUACCAAAUGGAUCUCACUAUGCCGUAUCAGCCUCGUUAAUAGCCAGAGAUCCUAAAAAUUGGCACAGUCUAGACGAGUUCGACGGUUUUCGGUUUGCGAAGCUUCGUGAUCAAGAAGGACAACAACACAAGUACCAAUGUGUCACUACUAACUCAACUCAUUCAAUGGCAUUUGGGCAU